AGUGUUUGGUGGUCCCUUGCUCUAUGUGCUGUAAUUUGCAAGUCUGAACAACUGUAGUGCAGCUGUUUAUCAUAUUCAGCAAUAAUUGUGUAUAUGUAUGAAUAUAGAUGGGUAUUUCUCAAGUUCAGUGAAGUUAUGACAAUUAAUGUGUAGUUUAGGAAGCUUGUGGCAUUUUUAUGACAUUCUCCCAAUGUUUGGAGGUGCCCUAUAGGGACAUUAUCCCAAAAUGCUCCUUGUUUAAGCAUCUCCAAUUUCAAUUUCUUUCAUAGGGUCUCCUGUGACCUAUCAAUGUGAAAAUGGUGUUUUUUGUCUGUGUUCGUCAUUAUUUGGACUUCGACUGAUAGAGAAUUACAGUGCUUUAGUUUCUAAUUGUUUUUUUGUUUCGUAAGCUCUAGAUUCCAAAGAUGAAAGCAUAUGUCAGUGACACAGAAGACCUAAAGCAAGAUCCCUUAUAUCAAGAAACUUGGGAUGACAUGAUUAUUAAUUUUCUUGCAGAAUCUUUGGAUGUGAUUCAAGAGACUGAUUGGGUGAUUUCUUUAGGGAAUGCUUUUGCUAAACAAUAUGAACUUUAUACAUCUGACGAUGAACAUUCUGCGCUACUUCACCGGUGUCUUGGCAUGCUUCUUCAGAAAGUUGAUGACAGGACUUAUGUUCGUAAUAAGAUUGAUUGGAUGUAUGGAAAAGCUAAUAUUGCAUUCCCGACAAAUAGGCUUGGUUUGGCAAAAGCCAUGGGAUUGGUUGCAGCAUCCCACUUGGACACUGUUUUGGGAAAACUGAAAGACAUUCUUGAUAAUGUUGGGCAAAGUAUCUUCCAAAGGUGUCUUGGCAUGCUUCUUCAGAAAGUUGAUGACAGGACUUAUGUUCGUAAUAAGAUUGAUUGGAUGUAUGGAAAAGCUAAUAUUGCAUUCCCGACAAAUAGGCUUGGUUUGGCAAAAGCCAUGGGAUUGGUUGCAGCAUCCCACUUGGACACUGUUUUGGGAAAACUGAAAGACAUUCUUGAUAAUGUUGGGCAAAGUAUCUUCCAAAGGUGUCUUGGCAUGCUUCUUCAGAAAGUUGAUGACAGGACUUAUGUUCGUAAUAAGAUUGAUUGGAUGUAUGGAAAAGCUAAUAUUGCAUUCCCGACAAAUAGGCUUGGUUUGGCAAAAGCCAUGGGAUUGGUUGCAGCAUCCCACUUGGACACUGUUUUGGGAAAACUGAAAGACAUUCUUGAUAAUGUUGGGCAAAGUCGUGCUGUCAUUAUUGCCGCUGGAAAUGGCACAUCAUUCCCACUGAAAAGAAGGGACCAGUUACUUGAUUAUAUAUUAACUUUGAUGGGCCGAGACGAUGAAGAUGGUUUGUUGGAUUCCAAUCUUGAGCUCCUACGCACUCAGGCCCUUGCUAUAAGUGCCUGCACUACGUUGGUUUCUGUGGAGCCAAAACUGACAAUUGAAACAAGAGACCUUGUUUUGAAGGCCACCUUGGGAUUUUUUGCUUUGCCAAAUGAUCCAUCUGAUGUUGUUGACCCCCUUAUAGACAAUCUUAUUACUCUCUUAUGUGCUAUUCUUCUCACAAGUGGAGAGGAUGGAAGAAGUCGAGCAGAGCAGCUUUUGCAUAUCUUGAGACAGAUCGAUCAUUAUGUUUCUUCUCCCGCGGAGCAUCAGAGGAGAAGAGGCUGUCUUGCGGUGUAUGAGAUGCUUCUCAAGUUUCGGACACAGUGUGUCAGUGGAUACUGUACACUUGGUUGCCGUGGAAGUUGCACACAUAGCAAGCAAAUUGACCGUACUUUGCUGCGGAUCUUUUCCAAUUUGCCAUCUGCAUUUGUAUUGCCAAGCCGUGAUGCCUUGUGUUUAGGGGAUAGGAUCAUGGUGUAUCUUCCACGUUGUGCAGAUACAAAUUCUGAUGUAAGGAAAGUCUCUGCCCAGAUUAUUGACCUUUUGUUCAAUAUAUCUCUAUCACUACCUAGGCCCGUAACUUCUAGUUGUGGCAUAGAUAUUGAAUUGUCCUAUAGUGCUUUGUCUUCCCUUGAGGAUGUUAUAGCUAUCUUGAGACGUGAUGCUUCUAUUGAUCCAUCUGAGGUAUUUAACAGGGUUGUCUCCUCUGUUUGUAUCUUAUUGGCAAAGGAUGAGCUCGUAGCCACCUUGUAUAAUUGCUCAGCGGCUAUAUGUGACAAGAUCAAGCAGUCUGCAGAAGGUGCCAUCCAAGCAGUCAUUGAGUUGGUUACAAAAAGGGGAAAUGAAUUGAAUGGGACUGAUAUUUCAAGGACAACACAAUCUUUGCUGUCUGCUACAGUUCAUUUAACUGAGAAGUAUUUGCGUCAGGAAACUCUUGGUGCUAUUUGUUCUCUAGCUGAGAACACCAAUUCAAAAAUUGUGUUCAAUGAAGUAUUAGCUGCUGCCGGAAGGGAUAUAGCAACUAAGGAUAUAUCAAGACUACGUGGUGGCUGGCCAGUGCAGGAUGCAUUUUACGCAUUUUCCCAGCACACAAUACUCUCAACUUUGUUUCUGGAGCAUGUGAUAUCUGUCCUUAAUGACAAGCCUACCCUUAAAAGUAAUUUGGAGAAAGGAGAAAACUCUAGCUAUUCUGUUGAUAGUAGCAUAGAGGAUGACAUCUUGCAGGCAGCUAUUGUUGCACUCACUGCCUUUUUCAGAGGUGGUGGCAAAAUUGGAAGGAAAGCUGUUGAGCAAAGUUAUGCUUCUGUUCUUGCAACCCUUACACUUCACUUGGGAAGUUGUCACGGUUUAGCUAGUUCUGGUCAGCUAGAACCACUACGGGCACUUCUGAUUGCAUUUCAGGCGUUCUGCGACUGUGUUGGGGAUUUUGAAAUGGGAAAGAUUUUGGCCAGAGAUCGAGAACAAAAUGAAAAGUGGAUCGAUUUGAUUGGAGAUUUGGCUGGCUGCAUUUUUAUAAAAAGGCCUAAAGAGGUGUCAACAAUAUGUUUGAUUUUGAGUAAAUCUUUGAGCCAACCCUGGCGAUUUCAAAGGGAAGCUGCAGCUGCUGCAGUAUCGGAGUUUGUUCGCUAUAGUGAUGGCUUUGGUACUCUAUUGGAGCAGAUGGUUGAAGUAUUAUGUCGACAUGUAUCAGAUGAUUCUCCAAAUGUGAGGCGCAUUUGUCUGAGAGGACUGGUGCAGAUACCAUCCAUUCAUAUACAUCGUCACACUGCUCAAGUUCUUGGAGUGGUACUAGCUUUGCUUGAUGAUUCAGAUGAAUCAGUUCAACUAACUGCAGGGUCAUGCUUGUUAACAGUUCUUGAGUCAUCGCCCAAUGAUGCUGUCGAGCCCAUUCUGCUUAAUCUUUCUUUUCGACUUCGUAAUCUUCAGAUAUGCCUGAAUGAGAAGAUGAGAGCCAAUGCCUUUGCAGCAUUAGGAGCGCUAAGUAACUUUGCAUUUGGGGCACAACAUGAUGCUUUCCUCGAGCAGGCUUGCCGGAACACCCUUAAACAGAUUGGUCCCCUUAUGAAAUUAGAAGGAAUGGUAGCCCUAUUCAACUCGCAUCGUUUUAGUUCUGACCAUCGAAGUGACUAUGAAGACUUUCUCAGAGAGUUCACAAGGCAAUUUACUCAACAUCUAGCUUCCAGGGUAGAUACAUAUAUGGCGUCAACUAUACAGGCCUUUGAUGCUCCUUGGCCAGUUAUUCAGGCUAAUGCCAUUUAUUUAUCCAGCAGCAUGCUUUCUCUUUCAGAUGAUCAACACAUCUCAGCGCUUUACUAUAGUCAGGUUUUUGGACUGUUGGUCGGCAAGAUGAGUCGGUCAGCAGAUGUGGUUGUUAGAGCAACUUCCUCUUCCGCACUCGGCUUGUUACUGAAAUCUAGUAAUUCACUGUCAUGGAGAGCAGCUCGGCUUGAUUGAGUGGACUCAACUAGAGGGGCCAUGAUGUGGAGUCUACUAAGAAGUAACAAUGUGCAUAUAGAAAAAAUGAAGAUAGCACAGCUCACUCUGUGUCCUGUUCUGUGUCAACUACAAUUGGUGAGGUUAGAUCACAACUCAGUUCCCUAUAAACUAAAAGGCGUAACACUGUUGAGCUUCAACAUGUAUCUUGCAGUUCUAUAACUUGCGGUGUUUAAUAUGUACAGUUGCAUGUGAAAUGUAUGUAAUCUAAGAUGGAAUAAGCCAGAGUUCAUCUGUAUGCUUAGGCUUUUGUUUGAUUAGGCUGAUGGUUGUAGCUCUGUAUAGUGACCCUACACGCUGAGAAUCAUUUGUAUAUCAAGGUUGUAUCUUUGUUAGAAGCUUUUGACAAUAAUUUUGUAAAGAAACGUACAGAACAUGUUACUAAUCUGUAGAAACUACUUCUCCCUUGCAAAUAUUGAGAUUGAAAAGAUUACAUUUGGC